UAAAAUAUAUCUUACACCUUACUAAACUGAGCCUGAAAGUCAUGGGAUUGUCCUAUCACAUCAUAUUUUUUGAUAACGACACCUGAGUUUAAUGCGUUCGACUUCUACCGGAACAAAAACAAGCAACACAAUUCUUGGGGGGCUUACUCGGUGGUGGGCUCACUCUCACACGGCCAUAUUCUGCAUUCUACCCCUUUCUUUCAGAUUGAGAAUGAUGAAAGAGGAGCAAACAUCUGAACCCGUGUCAGAAAAAACCUGUUCCGAUGAUGAAAUUGAGCCACUUACGGGGAAGCCCUUCUUUGAUUUUGUCCUUUGCAAAUCCCAUGUCUUCCCUUCGUAUCAUAUUGCAGUUCCUUCAGAAAGUACUCGAUUACUUCCCACAAAAUCAGUCCCAUUGACUUUCACUCGAGGCAAAAGAAGUUGGAAGUUGACUUAUAUGGGCAAUGGCGCACAUCUUAAAAGAAUCGACUCUUCCUCGUGGAAAGAAUUUGUUAUUGAUAAUAGGCUCAAGGUUGGAGAUGCCUGUGUUUUCGAAAUCAUGGAACGCAGUGAUACAUCCUUAAAGUUCAAGGUUCAGGUUCUUCGAGGUGAUUUUCCAUCUGUUUUACUGGACAGAGAACAUGGUUCAAGCAAUAACCCCGUAGUUAUUGAGUAAAGACUACGAUUAAGCAGAUAAGUUUAGGGUCUAGACUUAAAUUUCUUUAGUAAGUUCUCUCUUUCAUUGAGGUAUGGCACAGUGACAUUGACGGUUAUUGUGACAUAGCUUGCUAUUAAUGACCUUGGCACACAUGUGGGUAUCUAUAGGGGCUAUGGAUUUGUAAAAGAGAAGAACAAUUCACAUGUAGUAAUUGUGAGAUGUUGCAAGUUUGCAACGAUGAGCUCUCGAGUCAUCUAACAAGCAUCGUUCGUGCUUUGCAAAGAAAUUCAAUGUCAUUUGCUUGGUUUGGCAUAUGCCUAUGUGAUUGCAUUUGAAUAGUGUAAAAAUUUCUGUUGAAUUCCAUAUUGUUUGUACCCUUUUAGCAUA